AUGGUCACUAAGGAGUUUCUCGACUCGGACAGAGUCAACUUUCUCGUUUGGAGGUACCUUUUGGAAGGCAAUUACCGUGAAACUGCCGCCAAGUUCCAGAAAGAAUGGCAUGUUCGCGAACCUCACCGCGACUUGGAGUUUGCGCCCCACGUCAAAGGCCACGCUCUGGUCUCCGUCGUCAAUCGCGGCCUACUCUACAAUGCCCUUGAGCGCGAACAAGCACGAAAAGGCUUGCCCAUCGGCGCCACCACAGAAUCUGAGCCCGAGGCUAUCAAGAAUGGCAUUUUUGGGCCCUUAGAAUCACCACUAAGAGCCAAGAAGGAGUACGACCAAGAGACCACGGCCGUCGCCAUAGAGGCCGCCCGCAAGCGCUCCCUCCCAAAUAUCGCAAACGCCAAUGGCUCAUCGCCAAAACGCGCCCGUCUCACCAAUGGCUACGAAAAUGGCACACCACCUGCUCCCGGAGACGCCACCCCCAUGGACGUCGACCAGUCGGACAACCACGCCUACCCCUCGCCUCUUGAGGGCGAGCAGGUGCCCCAACCCGUCUCCCGCACCGAUGGCCCCGAGCAGGGCACCCAGGUGGAAAAGGUCGAGGAGCUCACCCCAAACACCACCUUUAUUCGCCUUGCCGACGACGUCGCCCAACCCGAGGACACCACAGCUACUGCUUCAGCCUCUGCCUCUCCCGUCACCACCGAGAAUGCACCCAUUCUCCUGCAGUGCGAGUGGAACCCCAAAGACCCAUCCGCAUUGGCAGCUACUGGCACCGAUGCGCUAGCCCGUGUCUGGACAGUCUCGCGUACCACUAAUACCCCAGGACACUCCCAAGAUCACGUGUCCCAUGCUCACAACCUCAUCAGCCCCGAUACCCCCAGGACAACCACCGUCACUGCCCUCGCCUGGACCUCGGACGGCUCUGCCAUUGCCGUCGCUGCUGACCUCGGCUCCCAAGCCGCCGUCAACAUCUGGUCCGCCCAGGGCAUCCAUGUUCAGUCCAUGGAGGUCCCCGAGCCUCCCGUCGUCAAGCUGUUAUGGAACCCAUCCAACACGGGCCUGCUCGCCAUUUCACCAGAAAAGGGCGGCGCCGUCGUUACCGUCUACUCAUCGCUAACAUGCACUUCGCUGUCGCAUCAUCUCCCCAAUCAGGACAUUGGCGCCACGCCCCUCGACGCCACGUGGAUUGGCGACUCAGACUUUCUGCUUUGCGGCGGCGACCUGCUCGUCUGCCUGCACUGCACAGAGUCUUCGAUUGUUCAAGUGCGCAAGUUUGAAACCAAAGAUGAUGACAGCUUUUCCCAAGUAUUGUUCGACUGGCGAUCCAGGUUGGCUGCCACAUCCAGCGACAAGGGAGUACUCGAUCUCUGGGAUGAAUCCGGUCAAAGAAGAUCCAUAUCCGCACACCAAGGCGCCAUCACUACGAUGGAGUGGCAGCCUCUCCCGGCCUCACACCCGGUAUCCGAAGACGAACGUCUCAUUGCCACUGGCGGCGACGACUGCGCUAUUUUAAUAUGGAAUGCCCGCAAGCCCGAAAGCAAAGCCAAGUGCUUCCUUACCAUGGACUCACCCAUUGUGCGCUUAGCAUUCACGCCUGACGGUGCCUUCAUUGCCGGCGCCACCUCGAGCCAGGUUCUCAUCUGGAAGGUGGGUAACACCACCAUGCCCCGGGCGUGCUGGAACAGGCCGCCGCAUCCUGGCUGGCUCAGUCCCAAGGAGACUGACGAGGAGGAUGAGCACUGCCUGUGCUGGGACAUGACGGGUCAAAAGCUGGCCUAUGGGUCGAAUAGCCGGAGCUACCAUGGGUCACGCUCUACCCACAGUCAAGAUGUUACUCCGCUCCAACAUGAUGUUUCUACUUGCGCACAGGAGACUUUUGAUCCCCACGGAAAUCGCUUUUCUUUCGUUGUGUUAGUCAGCACGACAAAAACGGUGUCUGGGAAAUACUUUACUACAUGA